AAGAAAACGAAGAAGUGGCUAGUGAGCUAGCCCAGCGGCAGUAGCUUUAUUUAGGGAAAUAUGGCUGCUGUGCUCCCCAUCAGACCGCCCUGCGACAGCAACCCCGCUACUCCAGGAGCACAAUCCUUAAAGGAGGAUGUUACAGAGGAGGAGUCCAAUGAUGGCAGCCAACCUCCCAAGAGAAGGAGAAUGGGUUCAGGGGACAGCUCUCGAAGCUGCGACACCUCAAGUCAAGACCUUGGCCUGACAUAUUUCCCAGCAGAGAACCUGACAGAGUACAAGUGGCCUGCAGAUGACACAGGAGAGUAUUACAUGCUGCAGGAGCAGGUCAGCGAGUAUCUGGGAGUCACAUCCUUCAAGAGGAAGUACCCAGACAUGGAGAGGAGAGACUUGUCCCAUAAAGAGAAGCUAUACCUGCGUGAACAAAAUGUCAUCACUGAGACACAGUGUACUCUGGGUCUGACAGCUCUGCGGAGUGAUGAGGUGAUAGAUCUGAUGAUAAAGGAGUAUCCCACCAAACACUCGGAAUAUUCAGUCAUACUGCAGGAGAGAGAGCGGCAGAGGAUAGCUAAGGAAUACUCUCAAAUGCAGCAGCAGAACCCUCAGAAGGUGGAGGCCAGCAAGGUUCCUGAGUACAUUAAAAAGGCGGCUAAAAAAGCUGCAGAGUUCAACAUGAACUUCAACAGAGAGCGUAUGGAAGAAAGGAGAGCUUACUUUGACCUCCAGACACAUAUUAUCCAGGUGCCUCAGGGGAGGUUCAAGGUGCUGGCUCCAGAGCUGACGAGGACGGGGCCCUACCCUGUGGCUCUCAUACCAGGACAGUUCCAAGACUACUACAAACGGUACUCCCCCAAUGAGCUGCGGUACUUGCCAUUGAACACAGCUCUAUUUGAGCCUCCACUGGAUCCAGAGCUCCCUGCGUUGGACUCAGAACCAGACUCAGACGACGCAGAGGAUGGCAAGGAGGACAAAAAGAACAAGAACUCAUCUGACAGUUCUUCAGGCAACGCAUCAGAUGUGGAGAGCCAGGAAGGAGGCGGACACAAGUCCAAGGCCAAAGACAGGACAUCCACGCCAGGCAAAGACGGCAACCAGCGCCAUUCUGCCUCCCACAAAGCCACCCCAGGGUACAAGCCUAAGGUCAUUCCCAAUGCUAUAUGUGGCAUUUGCCAGAAGGGUAAAGAGGCCAACAAGAGGGGCAAGCCAGAGGCUCUCAUUCACUGCUCCCAAUGUGAUAACAGCGGCCACCCGUCCUGUUUGGACAUGAGCAAGGAGCUGGUGAGUGUGAUCCAGACAUACCGCUGGCAGUGUAUGGAGUGCAAGACGUGCACCGUGUGUCAGCAGCCCCACCAUGAGGACGAGAUGAUGUUCUGCGACAAAUGUGACCGAGGAUACCACACGUUCUGCGUGGGCAUGGACUCCAUACCUACUGGUCUUUGGGUAUGUGAGGUUUGUGAUAAGGAUUUCACCACACCCAAGAAGAAGGGAGGAGCCACAACACCGAAGAAGUCCAAGUCAGCUAAAAAAUGAUCAACAGCAUCACUAACCAUCAUACUUCGACCAAAUUCUACUCAAAUGCACAUUAUGUCAAUGGUCAAUCACUUGAGGAAGCUCUGCAUUUUUUUAAAACAUCAGAUCACUGUGAUCCAAAAUUAAAAAAGUGAAGCCCUCUCACCAAAUACCAACAAUCCACACACAAGAUCUUAACUUGCUGUCGGUCUGUAUCGAGUGACAGGUCUGUAAACACAGGCUAACACUAGACAACAGACAUACUUGUCUUUUCUGGAAAAGCUGUGAUGACAUCAGUAAUGCAGGUCUUAAAUUUGAAUCAAAAAACUUAUUUCCAUCUCCAAAUAUAUUCUAAAUAAUGUAUGUGAUUAUACCUCAGAUGUACAUGCUCAUAAUAAAUAAAUAAAUAAUCCAGACUAGGCAUUACCUUUAGCAUAGCAACUCUGUUCUGUAAUGGUAGAGAGUGACUUAACCUCAGACAUCAUACAAUAAUAAUGUUAACAGCCAAACUACAGAUCAAAUCCAUCUAAAUGUGCUGCACUAAAUCCUGUGAUCCGUUAACCACUAAUAGUAUCAGUGAGUUCCUACUUCUUUAUACAGAUAAAUCUUGUCUUACAAUUCUGCAGUGGGAAAAAUGUUUCAGUUGAACAAAUGGUGCUUUUGAUCUGGUGCUACUGAAACAAUCAAGAGGUCACUGAUGUAAUUCAGUUACUUUUCCAAACAUGUUUUGUAUGGUUUUAUAUUUUUUUCUUUUGUAUUCUUAAUUAAAAUGUAUUUAAUAAGGCAGGCCAGUAAAGAGCAAUCUUAUUUAAACAAAGUUUUGUCUUAAAUAAUGACAUGGUGCUUGUGAUUCUGUGUAAUGACAUGUAAUAGACACUGGCUGUGGUAGACCUCACGGCUGCAGCUCCUAUUUGUGAGAUGUGUGAGUCUUGAUUAUGGAGACAAAGUGUGUCUCUUUAUUUUACAUGCAUUGAUUUUGUUUUCAACCCUCCACUAUUACUGUACGAAAACAUAACCACUCAUUGUAAUGACAUUGAAAUUAAACAUCCGUCAGCAAUGAUAGUCAGCUGAUAGUCAGCUGAUACUUUUGCAGGUGGGUUGAAAGAUUUUUUUUUUAUUUUGUUGAAUUUAUUUUGUCUGUUUUGUAAUGUCCCUCAAUGAGCAGCUUGUUUACGAAACACUUGUUGCUAAUAAUGUCAUUGUCACUGAAUUAUGAAGUGUUUUUUCAAUAAAAGCUACUUAAAAAAGUCA